AAAUUACAGAAAUUCAUUACAGCAGCUGCAAAAUGAUGCCAAGGAACCCAAAAUCCAUUGUAUUAGCUGCACCCUCUGCUUCAUUCUUAUCAACUUGUACUACUAAUUCCACUUCAACCACUGCCAAACUUGCAUCAUUUACAAAUAUCAAUGAUGCCUUGGCUUCAUUCAAUCACAUGCUUAACAUCAAUCCCUUACCUCCUAAAGCUGAAUUCAACAGAAUCCUAUCUGCACUUGUCCGAAUGAAACACUUCGACACUGCGCUUUCUCUGUCGAAACAAAUGGACCUGGUCGGAAUUCCACUCGAUCUUUACACUCUUAACUGUUCGAUGAAUUGCUUCUGUCAUUUACAUCGUGUCGAGUUUGGAUUCUCUGUGCUGGGAAAAUGUUUUAAGCUUGGAAUUCCGCUUGAUAUUAUUAUGUUUACUACCUUGAUUAACGGGCUCUGUAGAGAAGGUAAAGUUUCUCAAGCUGUCGAAUUGUUUGAUAAAAUUGUUGCCAAUGGUUACCAACCUGAUGUUUAUACAUAUACUAUUAUAAUCAAUGGUCUGUGUAAAAUUGGUAAAACAAGUUCUGCCGCGGGUUUGCUUAAGAAAAUGGUCGAGAGAGGCUGCGAGCCUAAUGUGGUUGCGUACAGCACGAUAAUUGAUAGUCUUUGUAAGGAUAGAUUUGUUUCCGAGGCGUUGGAGUUUUUUUCGGAAAUGAAGAGGAAAGGAAUAUUGCCUAAUGUUGUCACUUACACCUGCUUGUUGCGCGGUCUUUGCAGUUUUGGCCGGUGGAAGGAGGCUUCGGUUUUACUUGAAGAAAUGCUGGAUCGGAAUGUCACGCCUAGUGUAGUUACGUUGAAUGUAUUGGUUGGUGAACUUUGUAAAGAUGGGAUGGUUUCUAAGGCUAAAAGUAUAGUGAAACUAAUGAGUAAGAGAGGAAUAGAGGCUGAUGUUUGCACAUACAACUCAUUGAUGGAUGGAUAUUGUCUACUCGGCCAAAUUAAUGAAGCUACGAAAAUAUUUCAUGGGAUGGUAAAUAAGGGUUGUAAACCUGACCUUUUUACUUAUACUAUCUUAAUCAAUUGGUACUGUAAUAGCAAAAAGAUAGAUGAGGCAAAACAGCUUCUUGAUGAAAUGACUAGUAAAGAUUUAACUCCGGAUAUUGUUACUUAUAAUUCUCUCAUACGUGGACUAUGCCAAGCAGGAAGACCGAGGGAUGCACAACUGCUUUUUACGAAUGUAUGUGCUAGCGGCCAUAUUCCGAAUAUCGUGACUUACUCAACUUUGCUAGAUGGCUUAUGUAAACAUGGGAAUCUUGACGAGGCGUUGACUCUUUUUCAUGAAAUGCAAAAGAGCAAGUUGAAGCCUAAUUGUUAUAUCUAUAAUAUACUAAUUGAUGGUAUGUUCAAGGAUGGUAAGUUUAAAGAUGCAAAGGAAUUGUUUUCGAGACUUUCAGUUGAAGGGUUGCGACCUGAUACUCACACAUAUACUACACUAGUCAAUGGUCUUUGUAAAGGAGGCUUGCUAGAUGAGGCGUACCGAGUUUUCAGAGAAAUGGAGGAUGAUGGAUGUUUACCGAAUAGUUGCUUUUAUAAUGUGAUCAUCCAAGGAUUUCUCCGGCACAAAGACAUGUCAAGGGUGACGCAGCUAAUUGAUGAAAUGGUCGAUAAAGGAUUUUGUGCCGAUUCCACCACAACUUCCUUGAUAGUAGAUUCAUUGUCAAGUGAUGAUCCCAUUAUGAAAAAGCUGCUACAUUCUGAACCUUAUCAAGAUAAAGUAGAGGCUCGACAGAUAGCACAUAUGAAUAACCUUGGCUAGUUUUAUACUAUUUGCAAGCCAAAAGUGUAAUCAAAUAAGGUCUACUUUUCAUGGCGGUCUUGCUGGAAUUGCCACGCCCUCCCACUUCGGAGGUAGUCGGCCAAGAAGGAAAAAGAAGUGGUCUUUGAAGGAACAAAAAAGGAAGAUUCAGUGCUGCAAUCGGAGCAAGCGAAAAAUCUUUGUGAAAUGCGCAAACUCGCAAGAUCAGUUCAUUAUGCUUGCUUUGAGAAAGUACAAACUAAUAGAAAAAGGUUUCCAUACCUGAGAGGAAGACCGGAAAGGUCCAUUGUUUUCAGAGUAAACUGGUAGAAGUACCUGAGGCAUCACCAAUCUAAGAGUUUCCAGUGAAUAACAAGAUGAAACGCUACGAACAUGCCGAUUUUUUGUAUUGAGUUGCAAGUUAUUGUUUUGCAAUCUGUUGCAAGGUUUCUACAAGCUGCAGAUUUGCAUGACUUCAAUUUUGCUAUGUAAAGGAUCCUAUUGCCAACUUCUAUGACAGAAAGUUGAAGUAAAUUAUAGAUAUGAACUUAUAAUUGUUCAACUCAAUCCCUUUAUUUUCUUAGUUCAUCACAAGUAUACUCAAGAAUCACUCUUAUGAAAUAUUUGUAGUUAUUUCAA